CUUCUGUGGUAGUUCCUCACCAUACAUUACUUCUUUCUUUUUUAAAUACACUCACCUGAAAAAUAUGUUCGCUGUAAAUAAAUGAACAACUGGCCUGAAGGAACUUCUUUUUCCAAUGAAACCGACUCCUCCCACGUAGAAGUGCCCUAUGGGCUACGCAUGUAUCAAAGGAAAGCCCUCCUAUUUAGUUACAAUGAUGUUUUCCCUCUUUCCGGGUAGAGCGGGAGUUCUUGUUUCUGGCGCGCUGAAAGUUAAUUCCAGUCCUGGGUCGCAAUGGCAAGUAAACCGUGGGAACAACUCGGCGCUAACUUCGUGCAACAUUAUUACCAACUAUUCGACUCAAAUCGAGUAAACCUUGCCGACAUUUAUACCGACGAAUCUUGCUUGACAUGGGAAGGAGAAGGCUUUCAGGGCAAGAAUGCUAUCAUGGAAAAAAUCAAUAGUCUACCAUUUAAGGUGAUUCAGCACAUCAUCACUGCACAAGACCACCAGCUCACCCCAGACAGCUGCGUUCUCAGCAUGGUUAUGGGGCAACUGAAGGCUGACGAAGACCUGGUGAUGGGCUUUCACCAGAUGUUUUUGCUGAAGAAUGUUCAGAACAAGUGGAUCUGUAGUAAUGAUGUGUUCAGAUUGUCGCUACAUAAUUUUGGUUCAUAGGAUGGUCUAUUAUGCAUUGUCUCCCGAGUAUGUUGCUUUUUUUUUAACGUCACAUAUUCCUUUUGGUUAUAAAUUGAGUUGCACAAUUAAAAUUGUGUCCACCUUCUUACCGAAUAAAUACCUGCCUACUUUU